CCCCUUGUUAUCCUUCCCCUCCCACCACCACAAUCACUCACAACUCUCUCCCACCACCUCCGCCGCCGUGAACCACCACUUCCUCCGCCCAUAAACCCCAUAUAAAAAGCAAGAAUGAGGUCAGCUGCGGCAUACUGCGACUACGACAACUACCAACCCCAUUUUCUUGAUUCUUGCUUCCUUUGCCACAGACCACUCAACCACAACACGGACAUUUUCAUGUACAGAGGGAACACACCAUUUUGCAGCCAAGAGUGCAGGCAAGAACAGAUUGAAAUGGACGAAGAAGUCGAGAGGAGAUGGAAGGUUUCCAGCUCCUCCAAGAGAUCAAACAGACAAACCUCAUCAGACCCAGCUAAAGAAUCUGACACCAACAAAGCUGUAAGAACAGGGACAGUGGCUGUGGCCUGAGAUUUACACAUAAGAACUAUAUAUACAUAAAUUGAAAAGGUUUGAUCUGUAAAAGGAGAGAUGGGCAGAAGGAGUUGGAUGAGAUCAUUUAUGUCCAUCCCACAAUUUUGAUUUUCACUUUUCUUAAUUUGGUGUGCUGAUCAAGAUCAUGGCAUCUGAAUGUGUAUAUGAUGAUGAGAGGAUUGAGAGUCCUCUAUUGGGAUGUCAUCAGCUAUAAAUCUUGGGGUGUUUGAAUGCUAAUCUAUGGAAGUAGAAGCAUUGUGUAAGGUUUUCUUGCUGUUUUUUAUAUUUUGUUUUUCGGAUCAA